AUGCUCACCAAGAAACAGAUAUGGCUCCUAGCAGGAACCGUCAUAGUUGGCGGAGUUGUAUUCUACAUUCAAACGUCCAAACAUCCGAUUAUAAAGCCAACGAAGAUCGUCUACCCGCCAAAAUCCGGGGGUCUGGCACUAAACAGGAUAUACCAGAUCGUGAGGCAGCCCGAGGACCUCAACCAUUUGCUUUUGACAAAGACUCCUCUUCUUUUGAACUUUGUCCGCCUUGGCGAGACGGCCUCCAACAAGCAGACAAGUGCAUUGCAGAACAUUGUGGAAAAGCAGAUGCCAAAAGAGGCAAAAGCUGUCAGUAUGGUCAGUAUUGAGUGCGAUAAUGCCGAAAAUGUCCCACUCACGAUAAAAUACGGCGCGAGGGACAUCCCCUCGAUCGUUUGCCUAAACAAGCAGCUUCCAAAUGGUUACUACUGCGACAAGAAGUUGAUCUCGCAGCCAGAAAAAUACAAUGCUGACAUGGAGACUCUUACGGCUUGGGUUCGCGAGCAUGCGGAGGACAUAACUGGGCCAAAUUCGAAGCAGAAAUCGGCAUGA